AUGGCCUUGUCGAGUCAUCAUCCAACCAACAAAACGUCGCACCACCCGCGUCGACCCAAGUUCUCCCAGGCCGAGAUCCAGACCCAACUGUCCCAGCUUCACCUCGUACGCGGCCCGAGCUGGGCCGUUGACGCGUCGUGCCAUCACUCGCUGAUCGGUGGUCGCACCUCCUUUCUCUUCUCUCACCCCACCUCGCAGUUCUCUUCCCUGUCGUCGAGCUCCAACAGUGACAUCGAGCAGCUCGGACCGAUAUUGUGGGUCACUCGGAGGUUCACCCACGAGGCCAGCUCGCAUGGACUUGCCCUGCUGACACCACCUGACACGCUUCUUCAACAGAGUCAAUGUAUGUCGAAUCGAACCGUCUCAACGCGCUCACUGCAUCAUCUACUCAUCUCUUGCCUCCCUCGGUCAACUUGCGCGCGAUCGUGUCAAUGCGCGCCGCCCCACUUGCUGCCGCCUCCACCUCCCUGCCUCCCCUCCAGAUUCACCGAUCGAGGCAGCAGGAUGCGUACCUGAAGGCACUCAAAGUCUUUGUCGCAGAGAAAGAAUCCGAAAUCGAAGCCGUAUGUGCCAAGAACUACCAGGUCAGCUCCUUUUUGUGUCUCGUGUCGCCUGUUCGCACGGUCGCUGAACGGACUCGGCCCGAUUUCACAGAACUUUGUUGGCUCCGUGUCCGCCUUGUUGAGGGUCCGACAGGGGACCAUCUCGCUCAAGCACCGCGUUGUAGAGUUGAAUGAGGAGGUCCAAAAGUCCGGCGGAGGCUUAGCCGUCAAGGUUUGUCGGUGCAUUCUGAAGUCACGUCACGGCGGGAUGGUAGCUCACUCGUCCCUUACCACCACCUCUACCGCUGCACAGAAAAAGUCAUUACUCGAAGCUCGGAGGGUUGGGCAGAACAUUGAUGAGGCGAUCGACACCCUACAGGCGUGCUUGAGGGUUCUCGACAUGGCCAACAAGGUGCAGAGCUUGAUCGAGAAUGAGAAAUUCUUCUCGGCCCUGAGGGUGGGUCCCCGCGGCCUGAAUCGCAUGUUUCUAGAAAUGCGCACACUUUGCUGAUCGAUCGUGCGUGUACGCUAUUGACAGCAAAUCGAGGAUCUUCAAUCGACGCAGUUGAAGCCCGUGUUACAGUAUCCGUUCGCCUCACAGAUGCUCGCCGGUAUUCCGACUUCACGCAACGUCAUUCGGGAAUCCGUCACGCGCUCACUCAAAGCGUGGAUGUACGAGGCCCGAGAGGCCUCUCGCGCUGUCGGGAAAGGUGCUUUGAACGCGAUGGAAGCGAGAGGGAGGAAGUGGAAUGCACGGAAGAGGAAGGAACCCAGCUUGGGCUUGGCCAAGAUCAACGGCCCGAUAGAAUUGAGCGUCAGUGAGCGACAUGAAUGUGAGUCAUUAGGGGUAUGCCGGCGUACGUCGAAGCUCGCGGUAUUGACGUCGGCUUUAUCCGUCUAGACAACGUUCUCGAUAACGUCAACGUCAAAAUCGACUUCAGGCCAUUGUACCAGUGCAUCCACAUAUACGACUCGCUCGAUGCACGCGAAGAAUUGCAACUCAGCUACCAAGCGGAUCGGAGAGUGAGUCGGAAAUGCGGGUGAGGUGCACGCGUUUGGGCCAUGCUGACAGUACACUACAAUCGGGAAUAUCCGCAGGCGCAAGCAGAACUAUUGCUGUCUCAAACCUCUUCACUGUCACCCUUCUCCCUCCCCGCCCUCUCGCUCCUUCUGGAGGAGAUCGUCGGUUUCUUCCUCAUCGAAUCCCACGUUCUACACACAACAAACAGCUUCCGGUCAGAGCAGGAUGUCGAGGAUCUUUGGGACGGCAUGUGCGAACGCGUCGUCAAGAUCGUCGAUGAGGGGCUGGCCAACUGCGAGGACCCUGAAGUGUUUUUGGGCACAAAGUUAAAGGUCUUGACAUUCGUUCAGACGCUCGAGGUGAGCUGUAUUCAUGGGCUAGCACAGAAUCUAGCUGCGGGCUAAUCGCGUGAUCGGGACCGCCGUAACUGUCGUUAGGGAUAUGGCUAUUCGGUCAAUCAACUCAACAACCUGCUGUUGACGCUCUUCGAGAGAUAUUCGCAAUUGCUGCAACGCAAGUUCAGCGGCGACUUUGAACAGGUGCGUAAAAUAGAAUCUUUCGGUGCGGGCAACCACAACCUGAUCUGGUUUUGCGCAAUCAUCAGAUUGUGCUUGAUGACGACCACCAAUCUAUGGUCGUGAACGAUGCCGAAGAAUUCGACAAGGUCGUCAGCGUCAGUUGGUUGCCGGCAUCAGGCGAAUGGUCCGCUGAUGAACUCAAGACGUGAGUUCCGCCACCUUCUGCAUUCGCUUCCACAAAGCGGACACUCACAUGAACUGUCGAUUCCCUCGACAGGCCUGGAUUCCCUCUGGCCCUGCCCUUCUCGCAAACCUAUCCAUUGUGUUGCAUCGACAUCCGGUCAUUCACAGAACAAUACUAUCAGUUCUCGGACGGAUUCGCGGAGCAACAUCGCGAUAUUGAUGAUGUCCUACGCAAGGCCCUCGACAACCUGCUGAUCAAACAAGUUAGCGAAAAUAUCCAACGACGAUUACGCAUGAUCAGCAAUUUGUCUCAGCUUUCCCAAAUCGUCGUCAACGUCCUAUUCUUCCAGACGGCGUGUCAAGACCUCGAAACCUUGCUCGUCACCUUGCGCGCGACGCAGAGGGGAGGCACGAUCCAUCUCGACUCUCUAGCCUCGUUCGACGCGACGCUCAAGAUGACGCAAGAUAGGAUCGUGACCAACAUCGCGCAAAAGAUGGACUCGUUCUUUGAAGAGGCCAACUACGACUGGUUGACGACCACGACCCCCGCCAAUGGGGCUCACGCGAGCGGUUACUUGCAGGACUUGAUCGACUUUGUCACCACCGUCAUGAUGUCGGUCUUGAUUCAGCUGCCCGAGUUCUCGAAAGAUUAUGUUUACCGAGGUGCUCUCAGCUAUUGCGCUUCCGUCUUGAUGGUCAGUUUACAGGGAUGUGCGCGUGGGCGACCAGAAUGCUAAUCUUGGGAAUGUGUUCCUCUUCGAACAGUCAUGGCUUAUCGAUCGAGAACCUGCGCAAAUCAGUGAUCAGGCCUUGAUGUACAUCGCAAAGGAUGUCCAAUGGCUCGUCCAACACGUCGCCACGCUGGGCAACGAUCGACUGGCCGACGUCUUCCAGGAAUUGUCCCAGGUCCGUGUUACCGCGCGUUGCUUUCAUGCCUGGGCACUGGCGUAGACACACCUCUAACGUUUGUAUUGCCGCACCCUCAGACUCUGACACUCGUCACAGCAGCGCCCAUUAUGACGGACUAUCUCUCCGUGGACGAGAGGCAAACCAAGUAUUCGCGCAUCAACGCUACGAGGUUACGAACCCUACUCGGGAAACAACUGGCGUUCUACAACUCGCAUUCCGGCGCGGCUAGUGCACGGAGAAAAGGCCAGGUCGAGGAGUUGCAUCGAGCGUUGUAUGCUCGAUCUUGA